UAACUUCAUACUAUAACUAUGAAGUUGAUUAAAACAAUACUUAUUAUAUAUUUAUUUACUAUUUUAUCUUGGAUCGUAGUUCAUUAUUACAGUAAAAAAAUCGGUUAUGGUUGUUCAACCUGCAAUCGCACAGUUAAGGAAAUAUUGGUUCAGGGACAUUAUGAAAUGGCAACGGUAAACAAUGGGAUUGUAUCAUUAUCAUCAAAACAUUUUGAAAAGCAGAUGAAAGAGAAUUUGAAUAGAAGGCCUACAACUGAGACAAUAUCGCCGAGUGUAACUAACGUAACAAGACUUAUAAAAAAUAAGGAUAUAUUGAAUAAUUUUGAAACGUUUUAUAAGAAUGUGUCUGAUAGUAAACUAAAUGACUCUCUCAUCCACCAACAUCGAUAUAAAGUGUUGCUCAACAAUGAAAUGAGAUGUUUCGGAAAAGACAUCUUUCUUUUGGUGUUUGUUCAUAUAUCAACAUCGAACUUUGAAGGACGUCAUUUGAUUCGUUCGACGUUUGGAUCUAUUUCUAAUUUUGAUCAUAAACACAUUGAGUAUGUUUUUGUGCUUGGACAGACGUCAGAUGUCAAACGUCAACGGUAUAUUGAACUUGAAAGUAAAAGACACAAAGAUAUUAUUCAGGGAUCUUUUAUAGAUUCGUAUAGAAAUUUAACAUACAAACUUGUCUUUAGUUUGUUCUGGGUGAAUACUUUCUGUUCUAAUGCUACAUUUGUUAUUAAAAUGGACGAAGAUAUUAUAAUCAACGUUCCACUUUUAGUUUCGUACCUCUCAAAGAAAAUCCGAAACAACAUUACAUCUGAUAUAUUGGAAUGUCACGUUAUAACUCAAAACAAGCCUCAACGUGGACGUAAAGAUAAAUGGUAUACAACUUUAGAGGAAUAUCCAUUUUCAAAAUUCUUACCAUACUGUGCUGGACACAGUUCUAUUAUGUCAAUAGACAUUGUUAAAAAAAUGUAUCAUGCUACAAGCAAAGUUCCAUUUUUAUGGUUGGAGGAUGUAUAUGGUAGUGGAUUUGUAUCCUUGCUCUUGAAAAUACGAAUGUUUAGACCGAAAUGUUAUAUAAAUCCUGUAAAACGUAGUCUUGAAAAAGGUACUUGCAAUUUAUUCUAUUUAAAUGAGUUAAAGAAUUUGAGUAACUAUGUAAUUAUGUGGGAUGUAAUAACAAGCCGAAAUAUAUCUAAGUUUUGUAAAUGUUAA